AGGUCGGGCUGAUAGGGGGCGAGACGAUGAGAACCGUGAUGCGGGAGGCGAGAGUGUGGCGGUGAAAUUUGACAUUUUAACCAUGAAUUGUUUUCAUUUUCUAUAAACGCGGAGUUUUGGUUUCUGCGGAGGUCUGCGGGAGCAGCUCGGCGGGACAAACGGAGCCAGCAGAAGCUUUUUUCGGCUGUUUUUCCGGCGGAGCGGGGGCUCCCUGGUAACCGUUAGAGAUUUUUUUUUUUUUUCAGCCAGAAUGCCGCGAGACAACAAAUGUGCUCUGAUCCAGAACAUAGCGAAGCAGGCCUCCUUGGCGUUCACAGACUGCAGGGCUGCGGGCGGCGGCGUAGCGGCGGAUCGGCUCCAUGAACUCAUCUCCUUGGUCACCUCCGUCCGGGCCAAAGACCUCAAGAUCAUUCCGCCGAAAAGCAAGCCGAGCUCCGGAGCUGCUGCCUCUCUCGGCCCCCCGGUCACCUACAUGCACAUCUGCGAGACGGAGGUGUUCAGCAUGGGGGUGUUCCUGCUGAAGGCCGGGACCUCCAUCCCGCUGCACGACCAUCCGGGGAUGAACGGGAUGAUCAAGGUUCUCUACGGGAAAAUAAAGGUCAGAUGUUUCGAUAAGAUGGAGAACAGCCUGACGGCGGUCCCUCAGUUUGACCCCCCCCUGGCCCCGCUGCAGGCAGCUGCGCUGUGGCGCUCCGUGCUUCGCUCCGUCGCUCAGUACGCCGAGGACAGCGGGCCGUGUCUCCUCACUCCUGUAAGGGACAACCUCCACCAGAUCGACGCGGUGGACGGGCCGGCCGCCUUCCUGGACAUCCUGGCGCCGCCGUACAGCCCGGACGACGGCCGGGACUGUCACUAUUACAAAGUGCUGCAGAGCGUGGCGGAGCCGGGAACGGGCGCCAAGGUGGACCAGGAGCAGCUGGGAGAGACGGAGGAGAACAAGGGCUGGCUUCUGGAAAUCCCACAGCCGGAGGACUUCUGGUGCGGUGGCGAAGCGUACCCCGGCCCUCUGGUGUCACUCUGAGCGGCGCCUUCUGCUGGGCCGGCUGAUAUCAGAGGACCGAUGCUCCUGAACGCUGCGGUCGCCUUCUAGUUGUUUUAUCUGCCGAACGAUCAUCAUUAGAAACUAGCAGAGUACCUCCACAUGGUGAUGCCUUCAUGCCAAAGCUCCUUCCUGCCUUAUUUGUGAAUAUUUGUACACCUGAACGCACCCCUUCCUGCCUCCUAAGUGCCCACACUACAUUGUAGAAACGCUUCCUUCUCCUGAAGCUUUAAACGUCUUCAGAGAUGAUGCUUCCUGGU